UCUCUAAAGUGCAAACGAAAGUAAACAGUGACCAAGAGCAAUUUAUUUUCUAUUGUUAUUUAGACGAUUAUUAACGACAUGGAACUCAGAAUAUGACUAAUUUAACAGCAAAGCAUCACAUACUUACCCCCAUGUAAUAUUUCAUUCGCGUUGGAGAGGACUUGGUUGAUAUAUGUUAUCUAGGUAAGGCUAGUUACUUUACCUGCUAACAAUGGCUAACGUUACUAACUGUAUGGUUUUUCACACUCAAAUUGCCUCCAUCAUGGAGGUGCUAGCGAAUGCAGCCGUGGCAGAUAUCUGUAAACUCGUAGACGACGACUAUGCAGUGUUUCGUUUGGAAAUAACUCAUAGCCAGAAAGAAAACAGGGCAUUGAGGAGAAAACUACAGCUACUGGAACUGAAGUUGGAACAGGAGCGCGCAGAGAGGACAACGAGAGAGCGCGUCCUCGCCAGUCGUCCCAGUAGUGUCAAGAUCCUCGACCGAUACAGAGGAAUGGCAAGAGGACAUCUCACUGGAGGCCACAGGAGCUUUGUGAAGCCAGCGGGACACAACGUGUGGAGAAAUGACAAGCCCAUAGCUAUAGAUGAGGGGAGUGGAACCUCAAUGCAGAAUGUUAUUGUGAUAGAGUCUGCAGAUGUAGAGGCUGCAGGUCCUGGGGUCAAGCAGGAGAGGUCUGAAGGAGAGGAGGACCCACUGCAUAACAGAGACAUCCAAACUGGAGCAGCCGCCGGAGUAGCGCUUCCUGUAGUUCCGAAAGACCUCGCCGCCGCGCCCCAGGCCAGGACCAGACGCAGCAUCACAGAGGAGGAGAGUCUCGAGUUGCUGUUGGUGAAGGAGGAGGGUCUUGGGAACCCUGAGGGGACCAUGAUCACGGAGGACAACCAGACUACAUCUCCUCCUGAGCUGCACAGUACCACACAUAGUCUCACUGAGUCAGUAGACAUGGAGGAUGGGAAGCCUGAUCUGCUGCUGGUCAAAGAGGAGACAAUAGAAGACGAACCAGAGAGCAUUGACCUGCUGAGUGGAUUAAAGAUGGGGGAGCAAGGUGGUUGGCUGGAGGCUAACAGAGGAGACUGGGCAUCCAUCUUGGAUUCCCAGACUGGUGCAGCCACUGAGCAGGCAAGGACCAGAGGUGACAUAGUGGAGUCCUAUGGAUGGGACAGUGUCCUUAACUCUGGGCUGGGGAACAACGCUGUUAACCACAACCAGAAACAGACUGUCGAACACAAAACAACAACCAAACUUAGUAUCCAUGACAACAGACUGGCUGAGACCAGGGCGAGGCGUAGAUUUGGUCUGCGGGGACGAGGAGGUGUACAUAUGCAGCAGGAGGGAACAGAUACAGACUCGGCUAGCGACGCUCCGUCCUGCUCCUAUAGUUGUGAUUCAGAGAAACUGAUGGCGCCUCAGGUUAACUCCCUAACAGAUGCUGCUUUCAGCCUGCCUUCUAUAGGAUCUAUCAACUGGAACAUGGACCCUGCGACAACACAGACUCUCCCUGACCUUCAUCCUCCUCACACUCUCCUAAUGUUAAACCCGACCUCAGACAAUGCCAGUGCCUCAACACUAAAUGGCUACACAAGCCCAUUGGCAAAUAACAGUAGUAGUGACGCUAUCAGUAGAUCCGGUGGCAAAGAGAAGCGCUUUCUGUGUCCAUUCUGUGGGAAAGCCUUCAGUUUCCCAAAACAGGUGGAGAUCCACCAGAGGAUGCACACGGGGGAGAAACCGUUCGGCUGCCACCUGUGCCUGGCCAGUUUCUCCGACUCGUCCAACCUGAAGAGGCACCAGAGAGUUCACACAGGGGAGAAACCCUUCACCUGCCCCCAGUGUGAGAAGAAGUUUUCUCACCAGCACCAUCUGAAGAAGCACCUGAAGGUUCACACAGGAGAAAGGCUGUAGGCACUGCGAGAAGAGGUUCUCAGAGAGGAGCUACCUCAGGAUACACCAGAAGAAAAACCAUUCCACUCAAUAACAUCGAAAGAAGCCAUUCCACUCGAUAGCUUCCGACAUUUCAAUCAAACCCUGCAUUAAAGCUAGACUCAGCUAGAUGAUGUACAUGCACAAAGUAAACAACAGUAGUGGGUCAAUUUGCUCAACAACUAAGUGUGAGGCUUAACUUCUCUGCGGUUUUGGUACCACAGCUACCAUGUUGUAGCAACGUGAAGCGGACCCGUGUGCAU